UCUUAAUAACUGUAGAAUAUAGUUGUAUCUAGUAAUUAUAGUACAAAAAUGAUGUUAAGUACUGCGGUGUGGAUCUAUGUCCCAUUAUGUUUACAUUUAUAACAAAAAUGGAUUCAUCGCAGAAAAAGUGAUGGGAUCAAAUAGUUAAAUUUAUCACUUUUGUUGAAUACGUAUUACAGUAUAUUUGUUUCUUCACUCUAUGGAAACACAUUCAUGAUAUCAGCAAUCACUAGAAGUAUCGGGAGAAGUAGAAGAAGUUUGGUUGAACCAUCAUUGUUGAAGAAAUCAAUUUACAUUAAUACAAGUAUCAGAUCAAAUAAUAUGUCGACUGCUGCAGCUAUACCAAUCACCACCAAAUCCAAAUCAAGAUCAAGAUCUUCAUCACCAUCUAGAAUAUUAGCCAAGAAGAAUUGGAAUGCGGAAGAUGCGGUACCGAAUCAUAUUAAGAAAUUAUUAGUUCCAACUGAUCCUAAUGCUAGAAUCAAUUAUAUCUUAGCAUUCAUUCAAAUUGUUCGAUUAUUAAAAACUCAAAAGAGAACAGGUUGGGUCGAUAGAGGCAUUCCUCCUCGGAAAGUUGAAAGUAUCGGUGAUCAUAUGUAUAGAAUGUCAAUUAUUGCCAUGUUGGUUCCCAAUAGUAAUAUUAAUCUUGAUAAAUGUGUUAAAAUCGCUAUUGUUCAUGAUAUUGCCGAAUCCUUAGUGGGGGAUAUUACACCAUUUGGAGGAGUUACUAAAGCAGAAAAGCAUAGACGUGAAUUAGAAUCAAUUAAUUAUUUAUCAUCGAUUAUUAAACCUUAUAAUCCAGAAUAUGCCCAAGAAAUUGUGGAAUUAUGGUUGGAUUAUGAAGAAAUUAGAACCAUUGAAGCAAGAUAUGUUAAAGAUAUCGAUAAGUAUGAAAUGAUUCAACAAGCAUGGGAAUAUGAACAAGAAUAUGGCUUGAAAUAUGAUUUAAGUGAAUUCUAUGAUAGUCGAUCUGCCAUUGUUAGUUCUGAAAUUGGAGAAUUAUGUGAUGAAGUAAUUAGACAACGUAAUAUAUUCGUGGCUCAAUUGAAGGAAGAACAAAAGGUUGAAGAUCAAUCAGGAGAGAUUACUAAUUAGUAAGGAUCUUAUUUAUAAACAUAUAUACAAUUACAUAGAUAAAUUCGUUAAAUCAAAAAAAAGGUUAUAAAAAAUAAACGUAAAAUGU